AUGCGUGUGUCGAUCCUGGCCACAACAGCCUUGCUCGUCGCCAGCGUCGGUUAUGCGGCCGAGGUCCCUCGCAGACUGCCGCCAGAGCGACCACGGCCGGCUCGACGGGCCCUCUUUGGCAGAGAUGACAACGAAACCACGACCACCGAGACCCUCGACUCAUCCACAGAUGUCGCUACCGCCAUUAUUGACGCGACAGGCAUGGUGGGCAGUAGCAGCACUAGCGCCAGUGUUGCCGACGUCACUGCGUCCCCUACAGCCGCGUCCACUACAGAAUCCAUGUCAACAACCCUGUCAACAACGUCGAGUGUAACCGGCGGUAACGCGACCUCGACUUUCUCCCUCCCCCUCCCCCCAUCCUCAGUUCCAACAGCCCCACCGACACCAGUACCGACGCCGAUGGAGACCAACAUUUCGAGCUCCAUGUCCACGGCCUGCUACACAUACUUGCUCAACCUGCUCAAGUCGGCCGACUUCAUCUCGUGCCUCCCCUUUUCCCUCCUCCUCUCCGCCUCUUCUGCGUACAAGACCCAAGUGUCUGCGGCUACAACCACAGGCAACUUUACGCAUCUCGAUCUCCUCAUCGCAUACACAGUCUCGCCACAACCAUCUGCAGAGCAGUGUGACGGCAACUACACCACCUACUUGGCACAGAUUAGCGACAAGGGAAACUGUGGCAGUGAUCUGGUCAACUCGGCCGUGGCCAAGCAGGCGCAGCGGGGGUUGGGCAACUACGCCGUCAUGCGCACAGCAGCGGGCAUUGUCGAUCCCGACACGGGCGUGUACUGCUACCUCGAGGCUGUCGCAAGCUCUAACCCAGCGGACCUCUAUCUCUGGAGUCUUCCAGCGGGCAACAUUUUGCCAGCGACAUCAACGCCUACUUGCUCCAAUUGUUCAGCAUUGCUGAUGAACCACCUGGGCGCAUGGGUGGGCAACACGACCACCUUGAAUUCCACACUCAUCUCGUCGGCCGUCUCCACGAUUAACAACAAAUGUGGGGCAAACUUUGUGACGUUUAACCCGACCACAUCCACGACCUCCACAAACAGCUCUGCCGCGACGCCGCGUUUCCUUGCAGCGACUGCACUCUGGGCCACGGUCGUUCUCAACAUUCUGUUUGCUUGGGCACUCAUCCUUUAA